GCGUGCGCAUCUCUCCGCGAAUCGCAUCGUCCCAUACUAGAUCUCCGCAACAGCAGCGCGUCUAUAAGCUCAUCAGGAGAGGAGCGUGUUGCUGUCUGUGAGCCUCCAGACAUGCCUCAGAAAAAUAAGUCUAAAUCUUCCAGUGGAACCGUUCAAGCAGCCGGGCCUGACAGUGGCGAGCCACCGCCUGAAACCGAACCACGGGCUUCGCUAGCCUCUGGAGACCAGAGAGCGGAGGGAACAGAGAAUGAACUCGAGGACUUGCAAAUAAUCAAAUCACCAAGUGACCCAAAGAAAUACAGGUACAUCGAGCUGAGCAAUGGCCUGAGAGCACUGCUUAUCUCAGACCUAAGCCAGGCCCACUGCGCAGAUAACUCUGAGCAGCCAGAGUCAGACGAUGACGAUGAUGAAGAUGAUAAUGGAGAUGAGGGAGAUGAAGAUGAUGAAGAAGAUGAUGGACAUAGUUCUGAGGAAGAAGAACUAGAAACUGAGGAAGAAAGUAAGGACUCAGAUGGGAGCCUUGAAGUGAGGAAGACAAAGAAGAAAGGAAGCUCAGAGAAACAGUCAGCUGCUGCUCUUUGUAUCUGUGUGGGAAGCUUCAGUGACCCUGAGGAUCUGCCUGGUCUGGCCCACUUCCUUGAGCACAUGGUGUUCAUGGGCAGUGAGAAGUAUCCAGCUGAGAAUGGCUUUGAUGCGUUUUUGAAGAAACAUGGGGGCAGUGACAAUGCUUCCACAGACUGUGAGAGGACCAUCUUCCAGUUUGAUGUUCAGAGGAAGUAUUUCAGAGAGGCACUGGAUAGGUGGGCACAGUUCUUCAUCUGUCCUCUGAUGAUAGAGGACGCCAUUGAAAGGGAGGUGGAAGCAGUUGACAGUGAAUAUCAGUUGGCCAGGCCAUCAGACUCUCAUCGCAAAGAAAUGCUGUUUGGAAGCCUAGCAAAGCCCAACCAUCCAAUGAGUAAAUUCUGCUGGGGGAAUGCCCAAACUCUGAAGCAUGAACCAAAGGAGAGGAAGAUAAACACUUAUGUGCGUCUCCGGGAAUUCUGGAGGAGAUACUACUCUGCCCAUUACAUGACCCUCACCAUUCAGUCCAGAGAGACGCUGGACACUUUAGAGGAAUGGGUGAGGGAGAUAUUCAUCAAAGUCCCCAACAAUGGUCACCCUCGUCCUGAUUUUUCCAACCUUCAGGACCCGUUUGAUACGCCAGAUUUCAACAAGCUUUACAGAGUGGUUCCUGUGAGAAAAAUCCACGCUCUGACUAUCAGCUGGGCUUUACCUCCUCAGGGCAAGCACUACAGAGUGAAGCCUUUGCACUACAUAUCCUGGCUGAUUGGUCAUGAGGGUGCUGGUAGUAUACUCUCCAUGCUCAGGAAGAGGUGUUGGGCGCUGGCUCUGUUUGGAGGGAAUAACGAGACGGGUUUUGACCAGAACACUACUUACUCAAUUUUCAGCGUCUCCGUCACCCUGACAGACGAAGGUUACCAGAACUUCUUCCAGGUGGUCCACUUGGUGUUCCAGUACCUGAAGAUGCUUCAGAAGCUCGGACCCCAGCAGAGGAUUUAUGAAGAAAUCCAGAAGAUCGAAGCCAAUGAGUUUCACUAUCAAGAACAGACAGAUCCAAUUGAGUUUGUGGAGAAUAUUUGUGAGAACAUGCAGCUUUUCCCCAAAGAGGACUUCUUGUGUGGAGACCAGCUCAUGUUUGAAUACAACCCAGAGGUGAUUUCCCGUGCAUUAGCACUGCUCACUCCUAAGAGGGCGAACCUGCUGCUGCUUUCUCCGGAGCACGAGGGCCGCUGCAUGCUCAAGGAGAAAUGGUUUGGCACUCAGUACAGCAUGGAAGAUAUUCCUCAGGAAUGGAGUGAUCUGUGGGCUGGAGAUUUCCCUCUGAACCCUGACCUUCUUCUCCCAGCAGAGAACAAGUUCAUAGCCACAGAUUUCACCCUGAAAACAUCAGACUGCCAUGACACUGAGUUCCCUGUGAAAAUUAUGGAUGACAGCAGAGGGCGACUGUGGUUCAAAAAGGACAACAAGUUCAAAAUACCAAAAGCAUACAUCCGCUUCAACUUGCUGACACCCCUUAUACAGGAAUCUCCUGAAAACCUGGUGCUGUUUGACAUCUUUGUGAACAUCCUGGCCCACAACCUGGCUGAGCCGGCUUACGAUGCAGAUGUGGCCCAAUUAGAGUACAAGUUGGUCCCCGGAGAUCACGGCCUGGUCAUACGGCUGAAGGGCUUCAACCAUAAACUGCCCUUGCUACUGAACCUGAUUGUGGACCACUUGGCAGACUUCACUGCAGCUCCUGACGUAUUCAGCAUGUUUACUGAGCAGCUGAAGAAGACGUACUUCAACAUUCUUAUCAAGCCAGAGAGACUUGGAAAAGAUGUGCGUCUGCAGAUCCUGGAGCAUUGUCGCUGGUCAGUCAUUCAGAAGUACCAGGCCAUCAUGAAGAACCUCACCAUGGAUGAUCUAAUGCAAUUUGUCACCAAAUUCAAGGCCGAGAUGUAUGUGGAAGGGCUUGUGCAGGGGAACUUCACAAGUGCUGAAUCCAAAGUGUUCCUGCAGUAUUUUGUCGAGAGGCUCCAGUUCCAGCCUCUCAAAGCUGAGCCUCCUGUUCUCUUCCGAGUUGUGGAACUCCCACAGAAGCAUCACCUGUGUAAGGUCCAGUCCCUCAACAAAAGUGACGCCAACUCUGAGGUCACUGUGUAUUAUCAGUCUGGGCUCAAGAACCUCCGAGAGCACACGCUGAUGGAGCUGCUAGUGAUGCACAUGGAGGAACCCUGCUUUGAUUUCCUAAGGACCAAAGAAACUCUAGGAUAUCAGGUGUACCCCACCUGCAGAAACACCUCCGGUGUCCUUGGCUUCUCAGUUACUGUAGAGACUCAAGCAACCAAGUUCAGCACUGACUUUGUGGAGAAUAAAAUUGAAGAGUUCUUGGUCAACUUUGGGGAAAAACUGACCAAUCUGACGGGUGAAGCGUUUCAGACUCAGGUCACUGCUCUGAUCAAGCUGAAAGAGUGUGAGGACACACACCUCGGCGAGGAGGUGGACAGGAACUGGUUUGAGGUCGUCACCCAGCAGUAUGUGUUUGACCGACUCAGUAAAGAGAUAGAAGCUCUGAAGCAGAUGACCAAAGCAGAGCUGGUGUCUUGGUUCCUGCAACACAGAGGUGCAGAGAGCAGGAAGCUCAGCGUACAUGUUGUUGGCUUUGGGAAAGAGGAGAAUGAGCAGCAUGGAGAUGACCAUACCUGUCUUGAUCCAGCAGAGAAAACCGAGGACAGCACAGCCAAGUCUUCCUCAUAUGGAGAGGUGUCCAAGCUCACCUUCCUGCUGCCCUCAGCAUCCCUCCCUGAAGCCACCAUGAUCACCGACAUCCGCGCUUUCACCUCCUCUUUGACACUCCACCCUUACCACAAGAUCCUCAGCUAGAGUAGGACUUCACUUAAUGUCGCAGAAACGCACAGUUGGAAAAGAACUCAGGAACACCUGCUCUGACACUUGUUUGAAGGGCUACCUCACGUUUGAAGAACUGUGCAAGAACUCUCUUUUGUCUUUAGUCCUGUAAAGGAUAAAGAUAAUAACAAUUAUGAUAUACUGUGAUGGUUACAAUAUCUACAUAUCAUUAAAGAAAGGUGGUUAAAUUAUUGACUAAGCUAAUCUGUGGGGAGGAAACAGCUGUAUAGCUUUGAAUGGAGAAAAUGUAUCACUUCAGAAACGAAUCAGGUUAUAAACUCUACAGUUAUGUCAGUACUAACCCAAUGUAAGGCUGCUCAUAUGAAUGAUGGGUUGUUGCUUGUGCCGUAUAUUUUAACUUGUGUGUUUUUGGAGAGGAACGAGGAGACGAUGUUCAGAUCAUCACUGUAGGCCACCUGUGAUCUAGUACACUGCUCACACAGCUCAGCAGUGUAAGCCUUCCCUCCACUUUAACUGCUGUGAUGGCAUCUAGCAUGUUUUAAUCUUCUGUUUAUUAAUCAAAUGUACAUAUUUAAUAAACGUGUGACUGGG